CCAGAUUUCACGUUGGCGUAGAUCACAUGAUUAUCACACCUAUUCAUUCGGUGUCAAUAUGAAUCAAACAAACCGGUGUAAAUAAACGUGUGCUAAUGGAGGUUUCUGUGCACAUGUUAGUAUUAACAGUUCUGGCCGCGCUGUUAUUCAGUGCAUGCAGUUUCGAUCAUUGUCCAUGCAAGGAACAGGAAUUUUGUCAACAAAUUCGAAACGAGACGCAAUUUGAGGUGUUUGUGUUUGAUGUCGGAGGAGAAGCAUGGAGAUAUUACGACUGGACCAAAGUGACGACUAUUGCUGCUUUCGGACAGUAUGAGGCGGAACUAAUGUGUUUUGCCCAUUCCAAAGGAGUCAGGCUUGUUUUGAAAGGAGAUGUGCCCCUCUCAGCAAUGGUAGAUUCCACCAACAGGACCGCCUGGAUCAAGGAGAAAGUCAGCUUGGCAAAGAGACAGUUUAUGGAUGGCAUCAACAUCGACAUAGAGCAGGCUCUGGACAAAGAGUCUCCAGAAUAUUUUGCUUUGACUGCACUGGUCAAAGAGACCACUGAAGCUUUCCACAAAGAGAUUCCUGGUUCCCAGGUAUCUUUUGAUGUGGCGUGGUCAUCCAAAUGUAUCGACAAACGUUGCUAUGACUAUUCCGCCAUCGCGGAUUCUUGUGAUCUGCUUUUUGUGAUGUCCUACGAUGAGCAGAGUCAGAUUUGGGGUGAUUGCAUUGCCAUGGCUAAUGCACCCUACAACCAGACACUGACAGCAUAUGAGCAAUACUUAGAGAUGAAGAUUGACCCAAAAAAACUAGUGAUGGGGGUGCCAUGGUACGGAUACGAUUACCCUUGUCUAGCCUUCUCACAGGGUGGAGUGUGUGCAAUCCAGAAGGUGCCCUUCCGUGGGGCCCCCUGCAGUGAUGCGGCUGGGCGUCAGAUUCCCUACAGUACCAUGAUGAAGCAGAUCAACAGCUCCAUGUCAGGCAGGAUCUGGGACAGGGAGCAGCGUGCCCCGUACUACAACUACAAAGAUGCCAUGGGCCAGAUCCACCAGGUGUGGUAUGAUGACCCAGAGAGCAUCUCUCUGAAGACGGCCUAUGUUAAGGAGCUGGGCCUGAGGGGCAUCGGCAUGUGGAACGGCAACCUUCUGGACUACAGCAACAACUCCGUCGCCCAGCAACAGAGCAGAGACAUGUGGAAUGUUCUGGUAGCAGCCAUGGAAACGAAGAAGUCUCGAGAGGAGUAACCCUGGAGGUGAAGACUAUGUCUUUGAGUCAACACUGUUUGCUGUACUUUUUUGUCCCGUGCAGAAAGAGCAGUGGUGGCGUCCUCCUGCUUUAUUCAGGGGUGUGUGUCCCUCUGCUUAGAUUUAACUGCUGCUUUAUUCAAUCUGUUCUACAGAAGAAUACAUCCUGUUUUAAAUGUGUGCUCGGACAUCACCACGGCGUAGAGACACACUUAAAUCACUUCAUCAAAAUUGCAAUAUUUUAAAUGGAAAUGCAGUGCUUUGUAAUAUAACUCAACAGAUGUGAAAUAAAAAAAUUAAAAAGCUUGAACACAA